AUGUUGCGGAAAGUGUUCGCUCUGCGCAGCUGCCAGAACAGCCAAAGGCACUUGAUGUAUGUGGCAUACAAUGGCUGCAGGCUCUUCGCCUCUUUGAUCCAGUUACGUCUGCUGCGGCGAAAGUUUCUCAGCACAGGAGGUAAUCUCUCAUCGCUUGUCGCUGGAGAAAUUGUGUUCUCAUCACGCGUGUGGCGCACUUUCUGGCUCUUUAUUGUGCGGCAAGGCCUCGGGGCAGGAUUCCUGCCGUCUGAAGGAGGGAUUCCCAGAGUUACCACCAGGGGAGAUUUCGCAGCGAAGCUCGGCAUGCUUCCGCAGGAAUGGCCUCAGGACCACUCUCUAGCGGGUAUUGUCGUUUUUGAUGGAGCUGCCAGCCAGCAUUUUCCGUGGACAUCGAACUCCCUGGCCGCCAAGUCCGUCGCGGUCAACGAGACUGCUUCAUCGGACGCGAACUUCAUUCUGACCAUGACUGAGAAAAAAACUGUCAAUGGCGAUAGAACUGCAGGGGUAGCCACCUUUAGCGCACAAUUAGAUCUUGACUGA